AUGGGGAAGAAAAAGAUGGACCUAACUUACAUUACCGAUGGCAGGGCAAGGGAAGCAACUUUCAACUUAAGGAAGGAAGAAUUGAAUCAGAAACUCUAUGAGCUCCAUGUUCUUUGCGACGUUGAUACAUGUGCGGUCAUCUACAAUCAAUACGACCCUAAUCCAGAGGUAUGGCCAUCGAACUCAGAGGUUAAAAGUGUAUUAGAGAAGUUUGAGAUGUUGUCAGAGAAAGAAAAGACAUGUAGAUCGGUGAACCAUGAAGAAUUUCUCCAUCAGAUGAUCGAAAAAGCCAGGACGAAAAGACAGAAACAGAAUGACCAAAACAAGGAGAAAUACAUGAGGGAGCUCAUGUUCGCGUUUCUCAGUGGGAACAUGGAAGAUUUGAGUUUAAACAAUGAUGAUCGUUCUGAGCUGUGUAGUUUCAUUGAUCAAUAUCUUAAGGAGCUUGUUCAGCAUAAGAACCAAACCUUAAACAAUCCAAAUUUUGAAAUCGGCCAGUCUUCCUCAAUGGCUCUGGACUUGAACAUAGCACAAACCUCUAUUGCUGAAGCAGUCCGUAAUCUCUACAUACCAUAG